GUCUAUUUUGAAAUCCCACGUAAGGGUUAACAAGGGGUUUGUAACCGAAAGUGUGACCAAAAUCAGCAAAAUGACAGAUCUGAAUACUUAUGCUAUCGUUGGACUGUGUGUAGGAGGAGUUUUGCUGAUUAUAAUUAUUGUGGUCUUGGCGAUUUUAAAGAACUUGCGGAACAAAAAGAGACAGACACAGCGCAUGGUCAUGAUAGAUGCGGUGAUAAACGGCAUAUCCAACACAAAUCCCAUGCAGCAACGGCAAGGAAUGUCAACAAUAUCCGGACAUCUACAUCCGUCAGAUGGUGCUAUGUAUCCGUAUCAGCUGGGACAGUCAGCACAACAUCUAAAUCUAAACAAUAAUAUAAGUCACGUACAGUACGGACAACCAGCCCCUAUCUACAACAACUUCUAAAGACAACGAAAUACUAUGACCCGUUAUUCAAAGCAGAAUAUCCCCUCAGUUGUGCAUUAGGUGACCUGAGAGUAUUUUCAAGUACAGUGUACAUGUACCAGACCUCAAGACAUAGUUUCUUUUUUUUCCAUGAUGUUUUUUGUUAUACUGUACAUUUAAAAGUUUCUGUGCAUGUGUAUGUGAAGGUGUUUCCUUUAAGUCAUAUAUUUUUUACUCAACGUCAUAUUAUUUAUCCAG